AUGGCCACCCCCAGUGUCCUGGCUUUUGACGCUGAGGGUCGCGCCAUUGACUUUGCGGUCUGGGUCGACGACCUGCAGCUGUACUUGCUUUGCGAUACGGUAGAUGAAGUUUCUCUCUUUGACUUUGUCUCUGGCGCUGUACCUGCCCCUCCUGCUGAUGCUGACCCCACUGUGCGCUCCAAGUGGGCCUCACUCGAUGCUGCUGCACGUCUUGCUGUGCGUCACCACCUCCCUUCCUCCGAGCGCGCACACUUUAGUCAGUGCAAGACCGCUCAGGCCUUGUACGACGCUGUAGUUGCGCACUACUCCUCCCCUUCCUCUGCUACACUGAGCCGCCUCAUGCUACCGUACCUCUUCCCUGACCUUGCUGCCUUUCCUACAGUCGCUGACCUCUUUACCCACCUUCGCGCUAGUGACACUCGCUACCGAGUUGCGCUUCCUGCUGCCUUCUGCGCCGAAAACCCCCCUCCCAUGUACAUCACCCUCUACUUUCUAGUCACCCGUCUCCCUGAGUCCCUUCGUGCUGUUAGGGACCAGUUUCUCUCUGUCUGCCCCACCACCCUCACUGUCGACCUCCUCGAGAAGUCCCUGCUAGCGGCCGAGAAAAGCAUAGUCGCUGUAGGGGCCUCUCGUGGUGACCCCCGCACCCCCAUCUUUGAGGGGUGUUCUCCUUCCCCCCUGUUACCCUCUGUCGCCUCUGCUGCUGCGGCCGACCUCGUUGGUCUAGAGUCGGUCGGAGGUGGGGGCGGCGGGGGGAGUGGGGGUGGCGGUGGAGGUGGUGGCGGGGGUGGAGGUACUAGUGGCGGCAGUGGAGGCGGAGGUGGCGGCGUAGGUGGCGGUGCAGGUGGCGGUGGGAGCGGCGGGGGCGAGGGUGGCGGUGGCGGCGGUGGCGGCGGAGGCGGGGGUGGCGGUGGUGGAGGUGGUCGGAGUGGCUCGUCCCAGCGGAGCAGCACUGGGGGUGGUCAGCGCCAGCAGCAGCAGCAGCAGCGCUCUCGCGACGUCCCCGCCCCUCAGCAGCUCCGUGAGUGGUACUCGCAGCGUCAACGUGGUGGGGCGUUCGGUCCCUGCACCUACGUCCUUCGCACCGGCGACCGCGCGGGUGAGCAGUGUGGGGGCACCCACACCGCCCGCCGCUGCUUUGCCCGCUUGACCGACGCUUGGCGCCAGCAGUUUCCGGAGGCCUCUGAGAUCCCCCGCUGGGGAGAGCUGUCUAGGGCUGGUGUAGCCAUCUUUGAUCUUGACUUUGAUGCUAUCCUUGCUGCCAUGUAUGCUGUGACUAUUAGUGAUGAGGGUGACUGUUACCGGUGUUUCCCGCCCGACCCGGGCAUUGGUACUGCUGCGUCAGGUGCCAGUGAGGCUGCUGCUCUAGGUGCCAGUGCGUCUGUGCUCCCAGGUACUAGUGAGUCUGCACUCUCAGGUACUGUGUCGGCUUCGGCCUCUCACACCUUCACCCUUGACUCUGGGGCGUCUCGCUCCUUCUUUCGGGACCGCACCACUCUCACGCCGCUUAGUCGACCGGUUGCGGUGUCCCUGGCUGGCCCCUCUGGGGGUCCUGUCCUGUCUCGUUUCUCCACAGUCCUCCCGAGUCCGGCGGCUCCCUCUGGCACCCUGACUGGUCUCUACCUCCCCUCGUUCUCUACGAACCUGGUGAGUGGUGCUGACCUACAGGAUGUGGGUGUCCACCAGUUCACUCCCGCUCGUCAGCGGGUGACACACUGCACAGAGGCUAGCACAGGUCGCCACCUGGCUACGUUUACACGUCAGCCAGGGUCGAGCAUGUACACACUGACCACUGCUUCUCCUCCCGGUGCUGAGUCUGGUAGACUCCCUUCGUCUGGUCAGGUGUUAGCUGCAGCGUCCAGGUCUGGUCCUGAGUCUGCCCCCUGUUCGUGUCGCCGUCUGUCUCACGAGACUCUCCUCUGGCACCACCGCCUUGGCCACCCCUCUCUGCUUCGGCUCAGAGGCAUGGCCUCCCGUCUUCUUGUGUCUGGUCUCCCCCGGUCCCUCCCUCCCCUUCCUCAGGGCCCUGGCCCUGCCUGUGUCCCCUGUGUCAAGGGGCGCCAGCGUGCUGCCCCUCACUCCUCCCAGUUUCCUCCGACAGAGGCCCCGUUGCAGACGCUUCACAUGGACGUGUGGGGCCCUGCCCGCGUCCGUGGACUCGGUCACGAGCGCUACUUCCUGUUGGUGGUUGACGACUACUCGCGUUACACCACAGUCUUCCCCUUGCGCAGCAAGGGUGAUGUCACUGAGACCUUCACGCUUUCGGACUCACCGCAGCAAAAUGGGAUUGCAGAGCGCCGCAUUGGCAUGGUCAUGGACGUCGCUCGUACGCCUAUGAUGCAUGCGGCUGCCCCCCAUUUUCUGUGGCCGUUUGCGGUGAGGUACGCGGCGCAUCAGAUCAACCUCCACCCCAGGGUCUCCAGGCCGGAGACCUCCCCAGCCCUGCUGUGGACGGGGAAGGUUGGCGAUGCGUCGGCGUUCCGGGUCUGGGGAUCUCGGGCGUUUGUCCGCGCCUUGUCUGCGGACAAGCUAUCCCCUCGCGCUGCUCCCUGCGUCUUCCUGGGGUUCCCCCCCGACGCCCCUGGGUGGCAGUUCUACCACCCCACCUCUCGACGUGUUCUGUCCUCCCAGGACGUCACGUUCGACGAGUCGGUACCCUACUACCGCCUCUUCCCCUACCGCACUCCGUCCCUCCCCCCGCCCCCGCUCUUCUUGGUACCAGGUCCCCCCCCGGUAGACCCCCUCCCCCCUCAGGGUCCUGCCCCUUCAGGUGUGUCCCACGUAGACGCGGUCGAGCCUGUCGAGGUCACUGGUGACUCUGGUGCUGCUGCGGGAGCUGAGCCUGGGGGUGCUGGGACUGGAGGUGCUGAGCCUGGGGGUGCUGAGCCUGGGGGUGCGGAGUCUGGGGGUGCUGAGCCUGGGGGUGCUGGGCCUGGGGGGUGA